ACGCGUUCAUGCCUUGGAAAAUGGUCAACGUCAAUCGCCAAUAUGUCAGUGGAUCAGAAAGACCCUUUCAUUUUUGAACGUGCUCUCGAUACCGGUUUCCGGCCUUAUUCCGAGUUUCUCCAAGCCCUCCCCGGUAUGGAACGGGCUUCCUUUCGUAAUCCAUUACCGAAAUGGACCGAUUUUAUUCGGAAUGUCCUCGUAACCUUGCCCGCGACUACACGCCGUUCGCCCUCAACAAUGUUUCAAUCAGUCUUCACGCUCGCCGCAACGACCAUCAACUAUCCGAAUCCGGUUUCGCCUCUCGGGUAUCACCCGACCACUGGAUUUCUUCCUUCUGCAUGGAACGCCAAUUGUUUGGUGAUAUACCGGAAUCGAUGCCCAGGACUAAUGUGCCAAUCUUGAACUUGUUUGAACAGUUCAGUUUAGAUUACGUAGGACCUCUACAAAGGUCAAAUUCUGGUAACAAGUAUAUCCUGGUCGCUAUGAGCAGUUCUAUACGCUUACCGAACCAAGGCACACGAGGUGGUGCGUGUAAUCUCCCUACGAACUCUUGUACGGACAGGAAGCGCUACCCGCUUCGGUUGACCCGCAAGAAUCGGGACGCUCUUUAUAGGUUUCAAGAAGCUCGUGAACUUGAGAGAAGAUAGGGACGUCAUCCGAAGUCGAUUUUCUGUGCUGGGUCAAAUGGUCUUCGUGAGGGUAUCGUCCCUUCUUCCGAGACCAUCGUAUUUAUCAGCGUAUUACAUGACUUAUUGGCGGACACUGCGUCCUUUAUCACCCUCCGCAUUGUUAACAUGUUCAAGGCCUCCGGCAUCUGCAGCCCGCCUCCCAAACUUCAGGCUACGGGCCCUUCGCUUUGUUGGAUCCAAAAUCCAUGGUCGAUCACAUAACAAAACAACGAUCAU